UAUUAUUUAGUAUUAAACAAUUAAACAUAAAAAUGACUUCGAUGUUCGACCAAUUCGACCAAGCGUCCUUUAAAGCCAAGCAAAUGUCGACACCCGAAAUGACUUCUUCGGGGUACAUAAACAUGUCCUUAGAGCCGGAGGUGCCGAUUUUCACGAAAAGCAAGAAGGAUUUCACGCCUACUGAGAAAGUAACGCACGUAGCCAUCGCCAAUAAGCAACUAGUUUUAGUAAUGGCUAACAGUUUGCUGUUUAAAAUGAACAUAAACAAUCCGAAUCAAACGUCCGAAAUUUCUUUGUUGAAAUACACCAGCACGUCUCGCUUGGUGAAUUUAUUUCUGGACCCGACGGGUAAUCAUUUGCUCCUUACGCUCGUCCCCAAAGGACCCGAUGGGGCGCCCGAAUUGCUUUAUUUAUCGAAGAAAUUAGAUAAAGUACGAACUACAACUAAAUUUAAGGGCAACGAGUUUACAGAAGUGGCUUGGAAUCCCUUAAACGAAUCGGAUAACACCACUGGUUUGAUUCUAUUAGGUACUUCUAAAGGGUUGAUAUUUGAAACAGAAAUAGCCCUUGAGGGUGAUAAAUUUUUCCCAUCGGGAUUUUCUUCUAGUCUAGAACAGUAUUGGAAACAGGUUUUUGAUAUUGGCAAAGGUACCAGUACGCCUAUAACUGGUAUGGAAUACUUCAAAAUCCCCAGCUCCGAUAAAUACGUCAUAAUAGUGGUUACGCCUACGCGAUUUUACUAUUUCACCGGCAGAGUAAUGAGCGAAGAAAAGCCCGUUUUACAGCAGGUUUUCAAUAAAUAUCUGAACAUACCCGAACAAGAAACUUACAUGGAAUGCAACGACGACAUGAAAUUCUCGAAAUUGCAAUUUUGGUCCGAGAAUUUAAUCACCCCGAAUUCGUUCGCUUGGAUUACAGGCAAAGGGAUAUAUUUUGGACAAAUCGACAUAUUCACCGACAACAUCAAAUCGGUGGAAUCCAAAGUGAACCUGGUCCCGUAUCCGAAACCCCUCUACGAGGACUACUCCGUACCGCUCAAGAACCCGACGGCCAUCGCUCUGACGCAAUUCCACGUACUGCUGGCCUACAACGAUUCGAUCAAAGGCGUCUGCCUGUUGAACCAAGAGAUCGUCUACGAGGACAACUACAACGAGGCGUUCGGGCGGCUCGUGAGCCUCGCCAAAGACGCCCGAACGGGCGACAUGUGGGCGAUCACGGAGCGCUCGGUGUUCCGCUUCAAAGUCACCAACGAGGAGCGCAACAUCUGGCGCAUAUUCUGCGACAACGGCGACUUCGAACUGGCCAAGAAAUACUCGCGCAACAACCUGGCUUAUUAUAAUCACGUGCUGAUCAAAGAGGCCGAUAAAUUGUUCGCCGACGGGCGAUACGAGGCGAGCGCCCGCCGCUACGCCGAGACCGAGUGCAGCUUCGAGGAGAUCUGCCUGAAGUUCAUCGAGGCGCGCCGGCGCGACGCGCUCAAGCUGUUCCUGCUGCGCAAAUUGGACGGGCUGAAGGCGCACGACAAGACGCAGAUCACCAUGAUCGUCGUGUGGACGUUGGAAUUGUACCUGAUCGAAUUGGAGGAGCGACGGUUGCGCGGGCUCGAACAGACGGCCGCCUACUCGGAUCUGCAGAAGGAGUUCGACGUGUUCCUGGCUUUGGAUGAGGUGGCGAGUUGCGUUAGAAACAACAAAGGUACCGUCUACGAUCUGAUGAGCAGCCACGGGGAUAAGAAUAACUUUUUGAAGUUGACCAUACUCAAUAAGGAUUUCGAACAGAUAGUUCGUCAACACAUAUUCAAGAACAAUUUCCACGACGCCUUGGACACGUUGAAGAGCCAAAACAACUACGAGCUCUACUAUCAAUUCGCGCCGAUAUUGAUACAGGAAAUACCGAAGUACACCGUCAAAGUGUUGAUAGAACAGGGCAAGAAGCUGUCGCCGUUGAAGCUCCUGCCCGCCAUGGUGACGUGCAGCAGCGAAUUGCACGCCAAGGAGAUCGUCAAGUAUUUGGAAUUUUGCGUGGACAAAUUGAAGAACACCGACAAAGCCAUACACAAUUUUUUGAUAGCGCUCUACGCCAAAUACGAUCCGGAUAAACUGAUGGAGUUUUUGAACGCGCAAGGCCAGGAAAUCACAAUGAUCAGUUACGAUGUGCACUACGCUCUACGAUUGUGCCACGAGCACGAUCGAAAACGCGCAUGCGUGCAGCUCUUCGGAUUGCUGGGCAUGUGGCAGGCAGCCGUCGAUUUGGCGCUUACCGUCGAAUUGAAUUUGGCCAAGAAAAUGGCCGAUAUGUCGCCCGAAGAUGACGUCGAAUUGAAGAAGAAACUUUGGCUCAAAAUCGCCGAAUACGUUGUGAAAGAUAAAGACGAUAUCAAAGAAAUCAUGGCGUUUUUGCACCAAUGCGAGCUGAUUAAAAUCGAGGAUAUUUUGCCGUUUUUCCCGGACUUCGUCACCAUCGAUUACUUCAAAGAAGCCAUUUGUAAUUCGCUGAAAGAGUACAAUCAGCACAUUCAAAAUUUGAAAGACGAAAUGGAGGAAGCGACGAAAUCGGCGGAACAAGUGAGAGAAGAAAUCGAAAUGUUCCGGAACCACCACACGAUCGUCAAUACGACGGAUACCUGCGAAAUUUGCAACAAAACGCUGCUGAUCAAACCGUUUUAUAUGUUCCCGUGCGAUCAUCGGUUCCACAGCGAUUGUCUAUCCACCGAAUUGUCGCCUUUUCUGGGUCAGGAAACUCCUGUUGAGGGGGUGUUGUUGCUGAUGAUGCGACUCUCAACAGAGGGCGCUAGCCCGGCGAAGAGAAAUCGACUGAUAGACCUGGAAAAGCAGCUGAUGACGCUGAACAAUUCGGUGAAUUUGGAUAAUUUGAGCACCGGCUCGAGCGGAAUGUCGACCAAAGACGUGAUAAAAUCGGAAAUCGACAACAUCCUGGCCUCGGAAUGUUUGUAUUGCGGCGAAAAUAUGAUCAGGAACAUCGACAAACACUUCAUAGAAGACCACGAGUACGAUUUGAUCAUGAGAGAAUGGGAAUAACGCUAAAAUUACAUUUAUUUUUUUAUUUAUUAUUCCAUUAUUUUAUAAUUGUACGGCUAAUUUAUUUUAAAACGAAAUGUAUCGGAGACAUAUGCGGAAUCGAAUCUACAGGUAUUUUUUAGCUAAGAAAUGAAACAUCCGGAACGUUUUGUCGUACACUUUUUUUUUGUUUCCUGUUCAAGUACAUGUCCAACAUGAAUAAAUGCUUUAUCGUUUAUUUAUUAAACAAUCUGAGUAUAAAUUCAAAUAUUUACAAUUGUUAAGAAUAUAAUAGGCAACAUUUUAGGUAACAAUUACAAAGCUCGAAAUAAAAUUUAUACCGACGAUUUUGGAACCGAGACGUUACGAAUAAAUUAGGAGAAGUAAAAUACUGAGGAAAAACGGCGAUUAAAAUUUCAGAUUGAUCGUACAAGUAUUUUAUAGAUAAAUGCAAACGUACUAAACAUUUUAUUUUAAUAAGCGCCCCUACUAUAUUUCUGAAAUCUUAAUCACGUUAAUAAAUAACAAUCCAUCCAUUAAAAAAUCCUCAUUUAGUUAGGAACUAAUGAUUUAAUAAUGGUUGAAUUAUUACCACGUAGAAGGUACGAACUGAUAAAACCCAUAAUAAAAUCACAUCACAAAAAAUAUACAUAUAGGUACCUAAAGGAAAUUAUAUCACUUAAAAAUAACAUUAUCGACUACUAUAUACAAAAUGGACUGUUUCUUUUAUACUUUUAUUGGUGUAUCUCGUAUUUUAUAUACUUAGAACUAGUUAUAUUGACGGCCUAAAAAACGCGAACAGAAAUUCCCUACGAGAUUACGAAAACAAACAAUAAUAUUUUCAACGAGAGAAACUCCUGUUAAAGUUAGCGCGAAUUCGGUAGUUACAACUAGACUUUUUUUUCGAUUUACGGUAUUGCACUAAAGUGUAUCUAGGACAUUUUUUCAAUGUAGGCGUUCUAACGGACAAAUGGGGGUUGGAGAUUAUACGGUGCGGAUCAAUUUGUUUCUUCGAUAGGAUGGAAUACAGAAUUCCAGUAAAAUUGGGAGUACCAUAUUUUUAUUGGAGCGAAGUAUUUAAGUAAUAAGAAAAAAAAUAUGUACGUGCUAGUCAUUUUUAUAUUUAUUCGUGUGAAAUAUGUGUUAUACUUCGCUUCAUUUUGUAGGAAAAUUUCAAGUUAAUAUUCAAAUAUAAAGUAACUUUAAGUUUUAAUAAACUGAUGAAGUUUUCCUCAGUUUCACCGAAAUUUUCUAUUCCAUCCGCCUGACUAGUUAUAUUCUAAAAUGGCAAGUUUUUUAUACCUUCCAAUCCAACUUAUUACUAAGUAACUAAUCCAUUCUAAUAACGCUAAUUCCCUAUUUUUACAUCACCUGAGAUGACUGAAUAGCUAUAAUGCAUAAUUAACCGAGAAACUGAAAACCUCAUUAAACGAUCCGGGAGAUUCCAAGUUAAUUUUAUCGACGUAAUUUUAUUGUCUCGCUGCAAUUACACCAGAUGACGUUUAAUUCUCGCCCGUUCGAAUUCAAUGAGGUUUUUUCUAGAUGUAGAACGCCGGCGAUUUUAGGUAAAACACAGUCAAAUCAUUGCAAAUUCGUGGUGAAUGCACUGAUGCCGUUAUUCGCCAUUUCGUCCAUGAUCUUCGUCACGUAAUCCGACACGUCCACUUCUUCUUUUUGCGCCCUCAGUAUGAACGGGUCCUGCAGGAGUUGUUUGUACUUUGGUCG